AUGGCUCCUUCAACACUGGGAGCCUUUAUCGAUAUUGACAGCUCUUCUCAGAUCUUGAGUCCGCCCGUCGCAGUGCGCAAGGACGAUCGAGCUGUCUCACAGCCUUCGGCCAAUUACGAAUUAAAUGAGAUUCACCCACAGACCUCGACAGUGGGUUCGAACCUCGUGAAACCGCCUACGACCAGUCCAUCGACUCCCAUGCCCACUCUCAGCGUAUUGGAAAAUCGCCUAUCAUCUGCACCCGCCAAUGAUGUCACUGAAUUCGCUACAGAUCGCACGGCAAUGUCGUGGAAGACCAAAUGGCGACUAUUAAGCUGCUGUCUGAUGAGUUUCGGGAAUGGUAUGAACGACAGCGCCCCCGGUGCGCUGAUCCCGUAUAUUGAGAAGCAUUACGGCAUCGGAUACGCCGUGGUCUCGCUGAUCUUCGUGACCAAUGCAUUGGGCUUCAUCUCUGCGGCCCCCGUUACACAUGCCAUUGAGCACAAGCUGGGCCGGUCCAAAAGCUAUGCGUUCGCCAUGUCGCUCCUGGUCGUCAGUUAUGUGAUUAUCAUCUGUCAGCCGCCAUUCCCCGUGGUCGUAGCGUGUUUCUUCUUGCUUGGAUCCGGGAUUGCUCUGGGGUUGGCUCUCAGUAAUGUGUACUGUGCCAAUUUGCCGAAUUCUACAACAGCGCUGAGCUGUUCCCAUGGAGCGUAUGGUAUUGGGGGCACGGUGGCACCGCUGUUCGCGACGGCGAUGGUGUCGAGUGGGAUUCGCUGGUCCCUCUUCUAUAUCGUUUCCUUGGUGAUUUCUUUAAUCAAUCUUGGUUAUGCCUGGUGGGCAUUCUUGGAUUUUGAGAAUGAUACCCCCGUCGAGCUUGUUCAGCCAACGGCUUCACGUCCGGCGGCUGAGGGUGAGCCCAUGACGAGGAAACAGCUGCUUAAAAAAGCCAUCCGCAACCGCACAACCCUGCUCGGCGCCCUCUUCAUCUUUGCUUACCAAGGUGCCGAGGUGUCCACCUCUGGCUGGGUUGUAUCUUUCCUCAUUAGCUACCGAAACGGCGACCCCUCGCGUGUCGGAUAUGUCAGCGCAGGCUUCUGGGCUGGCAUUACCGCCGGCCGGUUCCUGUUGGUCCACCCGGCCGCCAAGCUGGGCCACAGGAUUGCGGUUGUGAUCAUGGUGGCCGGCGCCGUGGCUUUCCAAUUGAUGACCUGGCUGAUCCCGAACGUGGUCGGGGAGGCCGUGACGGUCGCGAUUCUCGGUCUACUAUUAGGCCCCGUGUAUCCGAGUUCCAUGGCCGUGUUCACGCAGUUGCUGCCGCGAAACAUGCACAUCUCCAGUCUCAGCUUCAUUAGUGCUCUUGGCAGCAGUGGAGGUGCUGUCUCGCCCUUCUUUACCGGAAUACUUGCCCAACAUGUAGGGACGAUGGUGCUGCAUCCAAUCUGUAUUGGGUUGUACGGAGUAAUGGCAACCGGUUGGCUUCUGCUGCCGAAGAUCUCCAAACGAUCCGAGUAA